AGAAAUGAAGGCUCGCGAGAGAACGAGGUUCAGGCGGCUGCGCGAAGUGGGUGGAGGGAGACCCGAGAGAGUGAGGAAGAAGGGGAGGAGGUGCCGUCCCACAAUACCAGGCGGGAGGGCGGGUAGUCGGUUUGUAUCCGGGCUGUGAGGUGCUCGGAGCCUCGGCGGACCUUGCUGCCUCUGUCUCUUUAACGCGAGAGGAAGCGAUGCAGAGGGGUGGAAAAUGGCAGAGCUGCAGAUGUUACUAGAGGAGGAGAUCCCGUCUGGCAAGAGGGCGCUGAUCGAGAGUUACCAGAACCUGACUCGGGUGGCGGACUACUGUGAAAACAACUACAUACAGGCUACAGACAAGAGGAAAGCUUUAGAAGAGACCAAAGCCUAUACAACCCAAUCUCUAGCGAGUGUUGCUUAUCAAAUAAACGCAUUGGCCAACAAUGUACUCCAAUUGCUGGAUAUCCAAGCCUCUCAGCUUCGGAGAAUGGAGUCUUCCAUCAAUCAUAUCUCACAGACUGUGGAUAUUCAUAAAGAGAAAGUGGCUCGAAGAGAGAUUGGUAUUUUGACAACAAAUAAGAAUACGUCAAGAACUCACAAAAUAAUAGCACCUGCGAAUAUGGAGCGCCCUGUAAGGUAUAUUCGGAAACCCAUCGAUUACACAGUUCUGGAUGAUGUGGGCCAUGGUGUCAAGUGGCUAAAAGCCAAGCACGGAAAUAACCAGCCUGCAAGAACUGGCACACUGUCGAGAACAAAUCCUCCUACUCAGAAACCGCCAAGUCCUCCCAUGUCAGGCCGGGGAACACUGGGACGGAAUACUCCUUACAAAACCCUGGAACCUGUUAAACCCCCAACAGUUCCUAAUGACUAUAUGACGAGUCCUGCUAGGCUUGGAAGUCAGCAUAGUCCAGGCAGGACAGCAUCUUUAAAUCAGAGACCAAGGACACACAGUGGAAGUAGUGGAGGAAGUGGAAGUCGAGAAAACAGUGGUAGCAGUAGUAUUGGCAUUCCCAUUGCUGUGCCUACACCUUCGCCACCCACUAUUGGACCAGCAGCCCCGGGCUCAGCUCCUGGUUCCCAGUAUGGCACAAUGACCAGGCAGAUAUCUCGACACAACUCUACUACUUCUUCGACAUCUUCUGGUGGAUACAGACGAACUCCCUCUGUGACUGCUCAAUUUUCUGCUCAGCCUCAUGUUAAUGGAGGUCCACUUUAUUCUCAAAAUUCAAUUUCUAUUGCUCCACCCCCUCCCCCUAUGCCUCAGUUGACUCCACAGAUACCUCUCACAGGCUUCGUGGCCAGGGUGCAGGAAAACAUUGCUGAUAGUCCAACUCCACCGCCACCACCUCCACCAGAUGACAUUCCCAUGUUUGAUGACUCUCCACCUCCCCCACCACCACCUCCAGUGGAUUAUGAAGAUGAGGAAGCUGCAGUAGUUCAGUAUAAUGAUCCAUAUGCAGAUGGGGAUCCUGCUUGGGCCCCCAAGAAUUAUAUUGAGAAAGUUGUUGCAAUAUAUGAUUAUACAAAAGACAAGGAUGAUGAGCUGUCAUUUAUGGAGGGUGCAAUCAUUUAUGUUAUAAAGAAGAAUGAUGAUGGCUGGUAUGAAGGAGUCUGCAAUCGAGUGACUGGUCUGUUCCCUGGGAACUAUGUUGAAUCAAUCAUGCACUAUACUGAUUAAUUUUUUUGUUUUUUGUUUUUUUUGCUUUUAAAGUAGAUUCUUAUUACUCAGUCAUACUGUGGGACAAUUAUGGUUAACAGAACUGUCUUAAUAUGUUUUAAAAUGUGCCCAUAUUUUCAGAACAUGCUGUUUUAUUAGUAAAUUGAAUGUCUACCUGUAAGCAUAAAUCUUUGAGGCAGUUUGUGUAUUGCUAAAUAGCAAUUUAUACAAGAAGCUGUCCAUAACUGAUUAUGCUUAUGUACUUACUUACACAUUUUUAACUUUAUGACCAGCCUAAAUAUUCUGGGGGAAGUGGGGUAUAAUAUUUAACGAAUCAUUAUUCAGAUUGUACCAUUACAUGUUUCAGUGCAGCAUGAUUACUAACGCUAUGUCAGACUAAUAUUAAAAUCAGAAAAUUUAAAUGCUGGUGCUGGUCAGACUUUUUUUGUUAGAUUCUCUCAUUUAAAAAAAUACUGUUUGUUUAAAGCAUGCAUAAAAAUUUAUGUAUUGAAAUAUACUUAAAAAUUCCAAGAUGCUUCCCAUUUGUGUAAUAUUUACCUGGAGGACUCAUACUUAGGGUGUCUUAACAUGAAUUGAGUCUCCAAGGUCUCCAUGUGAAACAAAAGAAGCAAAAAGAGAAUUAUCUGUAAUGUUGUAAUUUGUACCUAAGUUUUUUAAUGAGUGAAAUUUGCAUUAUAAAUUUUUUCCAUUCAUAAAUACAUAAGUGAACCAAAGGUUUUUGUCCUUUCCUUCACUGGUUUGCUUUAAAAAAAAAAAAAAUAAAAGAUAAUGAUUUAUUGCAGAAUUAUGGUUCUAUUUUCUCAAUAUGUUAACUUGGAAAAAAAAUUUAGCCUUAUCUUAAUCUGUCCUAACAGCAAUGUGACGGGUUUUUGCAGAUUCAAAAUCUGCAAUGGUUAUUUACAAGUCAAUCUACUGAAUUCCUUUUUUAAAGAAUCUUUUGAAGCUAAGAAAAUGUGUCAAAUUGUGUGCAUUCAUUCUGUAAGUAAAAUUCGUAAGGAUUGCCAUGUCAGUCCUUCAGUUUUGCAGUGGACUGUUGUACACUGGUUCAAUGAAAGGAAGUUAAAAGUACCUUUUACAUAUUGUAAAAGUAGAUACAGUUGAUUUGUGAAUAGGCACUAUUUAAUCCAUUACCUGGCACUAGCAACAUUAGAAUUUUAAAAUAAAAUCAUUGGGAAAGAAGGUGGGUCAUGUAUUAAUCAGUGAACAGAGAUUUACCUAAUGAACAGACUUGUAUUGUCUUUUGACAUAAUCAAAAUGCAACACAUGCACUUUGUGUGUCUCCUCUUAAUUUAAGGGAGGGUUGAGGGAUGUUUUCUCUUCUUGUGUAUAAUUCUGUAUUGCUUAGGAUAUUAAAGUAGAGCACUCAAGUGUGGGCUUCUGUGUUAUUGAGGAUUUGUUUGGAAUUCAAAUUACAGUUAUGUACUGGACGUUACAGACUUAUAACACCACAGUGAACGGUAAGACUAGUGCAAAACAGUUAUUUCUGAAAAUUAAAGACCAUUAUUGCUACCAAAUCAAUGUGACUAUUUCAUACGCAUUUUGCCUUUGUUAAUUUUAAACAAAGUAUCAUUAGUGAUCAGCUAGCUACCUUCUGCUUUCCAUUUUUCAAGUGGAUUGUUCUUAAUUUGUAUAUAACCUGUUGUCUAAAUUUUAUGUACAGUCUUUUAUAAUAAACCAUUCUCCUAUAUGAAA